AGUUUCAUUGACUUCAUUUGAAACUCAGAUGAACUUUAGAUUUUUCUCAGUUUCUUUCACUUAGCUUUUUUCUGUCUGUCACACAACCCCGAGCCUCGUGCGCUGCCUCCUAGAGCCGGUUUCACGCACGAGACACUUAACGGACCGAGGAGCAACAGGAGGUUUCCACGAGCGAGUCACUCAUCGGGAACAAGAAGGAUUUAACGGAGACUUUUUGAAACACACCGCGGCUCUUUGGUCCCCUAUGCCCGGUACCCAUUCAACAUCUGCCCGUCUGUUCUCCAUUAUGCGUCCCUCAGUGGGUAGCAUGUGUGUGUGCUGCAGCCUGAUCCUGAUACUGGUUCAGGUCCUGGUCCAUCCUGCAGCAGGGUACAGUCUGGAUCAGGAACACAGUCUGGAGUUCAGCGGCCCCACCUCCUCCAUGUUUGGAUACUCAGUCCUGCUGCAUCGCCACGAAGCCGACAGAUGGUUGGUGGUUGGAGCCCCAGUAGCGAACUCGUCCUCGGAUCCAUCGGUUCGAUCUCCAGGAGCUGUUUACCGCUGCAACAUCACUGCUGAGUCCCGCCACUGCGAAACCAUGCAUGCUGACGUACUGCGCUGUGGCAAGACGUGUGAUGCAGAGAGUGAUCACCAGUGGCUGGGCGUCAGUCUGUCCAGACAACCUGGAGACAACGGAGGACACAUCCUGGCAUGUGCUCACCGCUGGAAGAAUGUCUUCUACUCAAAGAAAGACGGUCAGAACCACAAGCUGCCUAACGGAGUCUGUUAUCGCUACGGCAAGGAUCUGAAAUCCGCCCAAGCCAUCAUCCCCUGCUACAAAGACCACCAGAGGAAGUUUGGUGAGGAUUAUGGGUCAUGUCAGGCCGGUAUUUCCAACUUCCUGACAGAGGAUCUGAUCAUCAUGGGGGCGCCAGGGACAUCUUAUUGGACGGGUUCAGUUCUGGUCUUUAACACGUCCAGUGGCGCGAUGUCAGUGUAUCUGGACGACGACGCUGGAUCCGUCAGCUUCGGAAGCUACCUGGGUUACGCUGUUGGAGCUGGUAACUUUUUGAGUCCUGGUACUGUGGAAGUGGUGGGAGGAGCUCCGCAGUACAACCAGAAGGGCAAGGUCUUCAUCUUUGCAGUAGACAACAACAUGCUGCGAGUUGUGUCUGAAGUGUCUGGAAAAGAGCUGGGAUCUUACUUUGGCUCCAGUGUGUGUGCGGUGGAUCUGAACGCUGAUGGUUUGUCAGAUCUGUUGGUCGGCGCUCCCAUGGUAACAGGCACCACCCGGGAGGAGGGAAGGGUCCAUGUGUACAUAAACCAGGGGAAGGCGAAGCUGUUGGAGGCAGAGUUUCAGCUGAGUGGCAGCAACGCCUACGCCGCCCGAUUUGGAGAGACAAUCGCUGACCUGGGAGACCUGGACGACGACGGUUACCCUGAUGUGGCAGUUGGUGCCCCACAGGAAGACGACCUAAGAGGAGCCGUCUACAUUUACAACGGCAGGCCGGAGGGCAUCUCACCAACUCCAUCUCAGAGGAUUACUGGGUCCACUCUGGGUCGUGACCUUAGGAUGUUCGGCCAGUCGCUCAGCUCUGGCAUUGACAUUGAUGACAACGGCUACCAAGAUGUGGCGGUUGGUGCGUUCCUCUCGGACUCCGCCGUGGUUCUUAGGACCCGUCCGGUGAUUCAAGUGAAGGCUUCUCUGGCUCUGCCUGAGCAGAUUGACCAGCAGGUAGCGCUGUGCCAAGAACACAAGACUCCAACUGUCUGCUUCAAUGUGACCGUCUGCUUCAGUGCCAAGUCCAGACACUUCAGAGGAGCUAUAGAUCUUCAAUAUAAUUUGAUCUCUGACCUCCUCCAUAAACCAUCCUUCCCUCAUCGUUUUUACUUCCAUGGUAACAGGUCAUCCAACAGCACGAAGGGACGUGUGAAGGCACGACAUGGCCAGCUCACCUGUACAACACACGUGGCUUACCAAAGGAAAGAUGUGAGGGACAUUUUUACUCCAGUCAAGUUUGAGGUUUCCUACAGUCACAGAGAAACAAACACCCACAGAGCCUCUUCCAAAACCUUCCCUCCAUUGAAACCCAUUCUGCAGCAGAGUGCAGGACACCAGAACACUAUCACCAACCAGACUUGGUUUGCUCGUCCCUGUUCGUUGGUGAACUGUUCGACAAACAUGCAGCUGUCAGCUCUACUAGUGCUGCCACAUCAGCACCAGUACUUUGCUCUCGGCUCUGGACGAACCAUCCUGUUGAAAACCUCGCUACUAAACUCUGGAGACGACGCCUUCCUGCCGCGACUCUCACUGCGCUUCCCCAACAACGUCCACUACAUUAAAGUACUGCAGAACCAGGACAACAUACUCAGUUGUGAUGUCACACAGGAAGUCAACAGUACAACAGCAGGUGUUGACUGCAGCCUCACCAGCCUUGUCCUCUCAGCCCACGCCCAGUUGAAUAUCAGCUUCCUAUUGGACAUCAACCAGAACAGCACGGCUGGUGACGUCAGCAUUCACGUCAACACCAGCAGUGAUAACUAUGAGAGGGCGGAGUAUCUCGAUGACAACUCCAUCAGUCUCCUUCUUCCUCUCAAAUAUGCAGUCAACAUCAACAUCCACGGUUUUGUGACUCCCACCUCAUUUGUGUUUGGAGAUGAAGACACGACUCCAGUUGACUGCUACCCUGAAAGAUUUAACUACACAUACAAGGUGCUAAACUCUGGUCCCAGCAGGUCUCCAGAUACUGUGGUUGACAUCGCGCUACCAAAGAUCCUCACACCGUACCGACACAGACUGCUGCAGGUGGUCGACUGGCAGUCGUCUCACGGUGCAUGUUCGAUCAGCGACACAACUGUUUCAGUCGUUGAGGACUGUGACGUCCCUCAAGCUUCCUUCAUCAAACAGCUCGUCUUCUUCUUCUCCUCUGCCUCCACCCGCAGAAUGUUUUGUGGCCGUGGUGAUGAGCUGUGUGAGCGGUUGGUGUGUCGUCUCGGUAACCUGGAGGUGGGGGCAGAUGCCUUCAUCCAACUGGAGAUCAGACUGAACCCUGCUGUACUACUGCAAGCUCCGGGUCGUCAUGGUGUCAUGAGGUUGGAGAGCACAGCGAUGAUGUCAAAUCCCAGUCCUCACACCAUCCUCAUCCCCAUACAGCCUGUCGCACAGGUGGAGGUGGAAGCUCUUUUUACCCAGAAACCCUCAACAACAGUGAAGGUCUUCAUCGUCGUUGUCAGUUUAGUUUUGGGUCUGAUGAUCCUGGCUGCGCUCAUCUGGUGUCUGUGGAAGGCUGGUUUCUUUAAGAGGGAGUUCCAGAAGAAGGAGGAGGAAGAGUUCAAGAGAGACAGCUGGGACUAUGUUCCUAAAAACAACAAAACAGAGAGCACUUCCUAACCCCGACUGGCACCUGUGACCUUCUAACCACAGGACGGAGUUUACAUUGUGACUUUGAUGUGAUUUAAUGAGACAUGUGCUGACGGAUGGAUCGAGUGCUGUGUGAAAAUAUGGCAACCCAAUUUAUCCAAAAACAGUAGAACAGUACUGCUGUUGAACAUCAUCGGCCAAUGAAAUCUGUCCAGACUGAGUCAGCUGCUUUCACCACAGAGUGUCACGGAUGCUAAAAUGUAUCAGGUGAACGCCUCCUGAACACACCUGAACCUGAACGUGACCCUUUAAACUAUUUUGCCGAAUGUGCCUUCACAAAUACAGACAAGUUCAAAGACUUGAAAAAGACUGCAUCGAUGGGUGGAGGAUUAAUAAAAAGGGAAGUGAAUCACAAGGCCUUGGAGCUUCCUGGGAUGCGGCAUCACUUGCGACAGUUAUUGAUGACAGCCAUUUGGACUCUUUUAAGAGGAAACAAGCCAAAGGAAGUGACUUUCUGAUGACCUUUGAACUCAGGGGAUGGAAACCUGGCCUCUGAUUGGCUCAUAACGCCAGGGCCUCAUCGCCUACCUGAGCAGCAUGUGUGCGUCGCAGAACAUUUUGCUUUUCAAUUCAGCGUUCAUGUUGACAGGUUAGAGCAGCCACACAGCCCCGCAGCACAUCUAGAGAUUCGGAGUCUCGCCUAUUUUCCCACGUGACACACACGGUUCAUUAUCUUUUUGCUAGUCAUAUUGACAUCAUACUGCCAGUUUCAAUGUCUAUAUAUGUAGAAUAUAUCAGAGACAUGAAAAGAACAUUUUAACCCAACACUUCCAGUAACAGGAGCUACAGGGUUGAAUGAUGGAAGACUACUUGAAGAAAUGUUCAAUAUUUUUAAAUAUUCAUGUGAAUACUAACAUUUAAACCAGCUGCCACCUUCCAUUCUGUUUAUUUAAUACAAAUGCACAUCACACGUAAAGAGUUUUUAAAAUAUUUUAUUAAAUUAGUUUGUUUUUGUUUAUGUGAAGUUGUUCUGCACUGGAGUCUCACUGCUUUUAGCAACACUUUUCUAUUAAAAUUAAGGAUUUUCUAUUUAAACAACAA